CAUCCCGGCGAAGUUCCCGGAUGGUCGCUGCCUCCCAGCGCGGAGCUUUUCCUGCCCGCCUCAGCUCAGCCCUUCGGACCCCGAGAGAAGUUUCCCAGAAAAAAAUGCCCCGCGCGUCGCGGGGCAGAAGAGCCGCCUGCAGCCGCCCGGCGGCUGGGACUUCUCCACGCCUGCAGCAGUGCCAUUAGCAUGCUCCUCAGGCACUGGUGAUGGAUUCCUGAGAUCUUGAGAAAGUGAAAAUGUAAAUCACACAAGGAGUCAAUUGAUCAGCAAGACUGUUGAAGCAUAACUAUCCAAAAUGCCAGUCCCUCCCCCGCCAGCACCCCCACCGCCACCAACAUUUGCACUUGCCAAUACAGAGAAGCCUACCUUGAAUAAGACAGAGCAGGCUGGGAGAAAUGCUCUUCUCUCUGACAUCAGCAAAGGGAAGAAACUAAAGAAGACAGUCACCAACGACAGAAGUGCACCGGUGCUGGACAAACCAAAAGGAGGCGGUGCCAGUAGCAGUGGUGGCUAUGGUGGAGGUGCUGGUGGAGGUGGCGGCGGAGGUGGUGGCAGUGGAAAUUUCGGAGGGGGUGGACCUCCUGGAUUGGGAGGACUGUUCCAGGCUGGAAUGCCGAAGCUGAGAUCCACAGCCAACAGGGAUAAUGAUUCUGGCGGAAGCCGACCACCGAUUUUGCCACCAGGAGGAAGAUCUACAUCUGCCAAGCCCUUUUCGCCUCCAAGUGGCCCGGGGCGGUUCCCUGCGCCCUCUCCAGGCCACAGAAGUGGACCCCCGGAGCCACCCAGGAACCGAAUGCCUCCCCCGAGGCCCGACGUGGGCUCAAAGCCCGAGAGCCUCCCUCCUCCAGUCCCAAAUACACCAAGACCCAUUCAGUCAAAUCUGCACAACCGGGGGAGCCCAGCAGGGCUGGGAUCCCCCAGGCAGCCCAGCGUGGGGCCCAUCCCUCCCCCUUUUCCCGGAAACCGAGGUGCUGCUUUUGGAGGAGGCUCAGUGCGCCAGAACCCUUCGGGCUCCUCCUCCUUCUCCAGGCCCCCCCUGCCCCCCACCCCAGGCCGGGCCGUGGACGACAAGCCUCCUCCGCCGCCGCCUCCAGUGGGCAACAGGCCCCCCAUCCACCGAGAAGCGGUGCCCGCGCCUCCCGCGCAGAACAGCAAGCCUCCAGUGCCUUCCACCCCGCGGCCCUCCUCCACGUCCCAGGCGCCACCUCCUCCUCCCCCGCCCAGCAGGCCCGGGCCUCCGCCGCUGCCUCCGACCCCCGGCGGGGAUGAGAUCCCCAAGCUCCCCCAGAGGAACCUGUCCCUCACAUCCUCUGCACCCCCCUUGCCUUCCCCGGGACGUUCCGGCCCUUUGCCGCCGCCGCCCAACGAGAGGCCUCCUCCGCCAGUGAGGGACCCGCCGGGCAGAUCAGGUCCCCUCCCACCACCACCUCCAAUAAACAGAAAUGGCAGUGCACCUCGAGCCCUGCCUGCCACCCCUCAGUUGCCAUCCAGGAGUGGAGUGGACAGUCCCAGAAGCGGACCUAGGCCUCCUCUUCCUCCUGAUAGGCCCGGUGCUGGGGUACCUCCCCCUCCCCCACCAUCAACAUCGGUUCGAAAUGGCUUCCAAGAUUCAUCUUGUGAAGAUGAGUGGGAAAGCAGAUUCUUCUUCCAUCCAAUUUCUGAUUUGCCACCUCCGGAGCCAUAUGUACAAACAGUUAAGAGUUAUCCCAGCAAGCUGGCCAGAAAUGAAAGUCGGAGUGGAUCCAACCGAAGAGAAAGGGGUGCCCCACCCCUUCCUCCCACCCCGAGGUGAUCUUUGCCUGCUCUUCUCUACCCAAGCACCAGAGUUGCUUCUGUUGUUGCUCUCUAAGAAUUGCACACCCUCCUCCCCUUUCCAUUGCCCCCUUCAAUUAUAGUAGGAUGACAGAAGGGAGGGUGAGGAGGAAAGAUGUGCAUUUGGGGGUGGGGAUCAGGAAAGAAAUGCACCGAGCUUUUUAGGUUGUAUAUAUUCUUGAGAUAUUGCUUGCUUCAGCUGCAACCUGCCAGGGUCGGCUGCUGGGAUCGAUAAGCUUUUGUGGUGAGUAGGCAGAGACGAAUUGUAUCCCAGCUUUCAGCCCCAGAAAGUCAAACAUUCAUUGCUUAUUUGCUACAGACUAUAAUUAUUACAGUCCUUGAGAGCUGUUUUUGUCCAUGCCUUUUUCGCACACUUGGCCUCCUGUCUGUUUCUAUGAACCACAGACCGCCUAAGCAAGUUGCUGAGCAAGCUGUUGUGGUUGCAGGAUGUCCACUCUUUGGCAGUCUGAGGUAGGCUCCAGGACACAGCUGUCCAAUAGAAACAGAAUAUGAGCCCCAUACCCAGUCUUUAAAUGACCAGUAGCCAUGUUUUUAAAAGGUGAAAAGAAAUAAGUAAAAAAAAAAAUUAUCUUAUUUAAUCUAUGCAUCUGAAAUAUCAUUUCAACCUGUAAUCUAUAUAGAAAUUAUCAGUAAGAUAUUCGCAUUCUUUUUUGGUACUAAGUCUUCAAACUUCAGUGUUCAUUCUAUACGUAGAGCACAUCUCCACGUCUCAAGUGUCCAAUAGCCACAUGUGCCUAAUCACUACGCUGCUGGACAAUAACCUUCAGCAAUUCAGGAGGUACCCCCCAAAAAAGUCAGAAAUGUAACACUGGGUUUGGCAGACAUCAUGACCUUAGAUUCUGGUCCCUUAUUUUGCCUCUUCACUUAAUACAAGUGUUACUUCAAGUACAGGAGGUCAGAAAUUGAUUUAAUACAGUUUACAGCCACCAAGGGUAAAGCCAUUGGGAAGAAACUGAAAGUUUGUGGGAGUUUCCUCCCACCAGUUAACACCACCUGACUGGUGCACCCACCAGCCUUGCUAACUUGAAGUGGCCUUUGUUUCUCUCCUCUAGAGCAAGCCCCUCAGGGCCAGCCAGGAAAGACUAGGAAUGCUAGGUAGGAAGGAAGAAAGUCAGGGAAAGGCAUCAAAUCAAAAUUGGGAGAAGGGAACAGAUUUGAGAUGAUGGGCAGAACCCUAAAAAACUAACUGGGGUGGGUUAAAUUAAGGAGCCUACCAGUAGAAAUUGGAGGGAAUUGGUUUUGAAUCUAUCCCGGAGAAUCACUUGUCUUGGAUCUAUGCAAAUAAGCUCCACUAAAGGAUCACAGGAAGAGCCAGACUUGCCUUUUUUAUAUGAUUUUGUUUACAGCAUUUUACUGGGAUUUUAAAAUCUAGCUAUAGAGUUGGAAAAAGUAUUUCCACUUUGAUGUUUUAUAUAGUUAUGGUUAAUAUUGCCAUUAUCUUUAAAAAGCACAUGACCACAUAUGUAUCUACCUGAACUUUGUAUUUUGGUUUCAGUAUAUUGCUCCUGUGUUACUGGGAGUUGCUAAUGAGAAAUCAAUCCAAAGAAAAAUUGAGAGAUGCAUUCCUAUUUAUAGAGUGAUUGUUUCAUUUAUAUAAAAGGCAGAACUUAGGAGUUCUAAUAAAUUGAAAUGUCUAAUAAAUUAUGAAUUUACUGAUUUGAAUAUGUUGUAUUUUUAUAACUUUCAUUGCCAAAGUCCUGGGCUUAGUAAUUAGCUUGUUCCUCCCUCUCCUCUGCCACUUGUCUGUUUUCUACGAGAAUCAGGAAAUAAAAAGUUUAACAAGCUUGACAAAUAUUUUAUUUCUAACAUUUUGUACCUUAUUUUGGAUUCUUUGCUCUGAUGCCAAUUAUAAUAAACAUCUCUAUAAUGGAGCCUAAAAGACCCACUUCACUAAAAAUGGAAUUUGGCUUUCCUUACAGAUAUGGCAGAGAAAAAAUUGACUCAAAAAACGUGGGUCUGAAUUUUUAAGGGGUAUGAAAAUUGGACAAUUCUUUGUAUAUCUCAACUUUGCAGGCACCUUUCUAAAUUUGAAACAGGGUCACAGCUCAAAAUUGUCAUUCAUAAUAAAGAUGUUUUAGAAUGUAUUUUUGAGGGAACGUUUCAUUAAUACACCUACAUCCUUUCUUUGGAAGUUAGUGACCCAAUUGCAUAUAAAACUCUGAAUAAGUUCUGUACUUAGCCUGACCUGUGGCAAAUCACAAAAGUGAAUAUUUUCUUCCCUGAAAUCAAAGCUUACAUAUAUGGUUUUUUCAUAAAAUUUCCUGUCAUUGUAUUCAAGAUGCAAUACCAUAUUUUAACAUUCACAUCACUAUAUAUAUGUUACAGUAUUAAAAUUCAAGUGUUCAGCAUAUAUUUCAAUGUGCAUUUUAUUUAGUGAAAGCUGAGAUAUUUAAUCCAAUGGUGCCUUACUUUGUUAUUUGAAAGGAAUCAACUUUUUAUGUCUAAGUAGCAGAUUAUUUGCAUAUUUGUAUUUUAUAUUUUAACUUGUAAUUCCAGUGUUGUUAUUUUAGUAGCAGAAAUGGGGUAGUUAUUAAAGUAUCCUAAAAUUCUGGGUAUGAAAUUAAUUUUCCCCUGCUUACAGUCAGGGACUGUAGAGGAAUUUUUUUUCAUGCCACUGCUCUGUGUAAACAGACACAUUUUGGUAUCUAUGUCAUCAGGAUAGUUAAAUAGUAGGGUACAGUCUACCCUAGCUAUCUACAUCUUUGUAAGUUAGCCAGACAAUAAAUAAAGCAAAAUGAUACAGUGUCAA